AUUACUUCUUGGAAGUAUUUAAUAAAAUUGUUUCAGGGUUAUAGUCAUUUAGGAUUACAGAUUACUGGGAUAUCAAGUGAGAUGGCUAUUAAGAUUUCUUAAUACUAAGUUUUGCAUAUUUAAGCCUUGAAUUUGAGAUGAAGCAAGUACAUUGUUCUGUUUCUCUCUACAUGAUCUAUUUCCUUUCCUUAUUUUACUUUAAUUCCCUUCCCCUUCUGCCUACGUUCUUCCUGUCUAUUUCACACACCUAGCUUUACUUAACAGUGUUGGCAGGUUAGGCAACAUAGAUACAUAUGAAGUAGUUACCUCACCCAAAUAUGUGGUCAACUGUGAUCCAUAGACAACUUAAUAUAUAUAGAUAGACAGAUAAUGGCCUUAAAAUUUGCACACACGAAAAAAAAAAGGGAAAGAGGAGAGAAAGAAUAUAUGUUAUCUAACCUGCUCAUACAAAUGCUCAAUUUGCUGAGCUUGUUGCAAAACAUGUGUAGACAUGGGGUGAUUUAGUGUAGACAUUUCCACCAUCUUAGUUUCAGUUUCUUGAACUGUAUCUAGAAGACUAGACAAUUCCAUCUAACAGAAAAGAAACAAUAGCAAAGGGUUACAUGUGAGAAUCUAAAAGUCUUCAAUUAAACAAAUGGCACAGAAAAUGACAGAAUAAGUCCUGCACAAACUCAUAAGGGAACCAAUUUUUAUCACUUGAAGGGCACGCGUUUCAUCAUCCAAGAGUUGUUGGACCCUUAGAGGCUCACUGUGUAAUUCAUCAGGUUCUUUGAGCUCCAAUUCAUCUGAUUUAGAGGUUUCUACAGAAUCUUUUCUAGUCACACGGUUAAGUUUUCUACACGGUAUUGCUCUAUUAGUAGCAUCCUGGAAGCGUACAGCUUUAAGCUGAUCAAACUGUGCUGUCACUGAAUGGAGUCUUUCACUUAAAAUUAAAACCUAUAAAAGUAGGCAAGUAAACAUUAGCAUAUGAAAAAGUAAAUUACAAGGAGUAUAUUGAUUAAUGGAAAUCCCAUGGUUGGAUUAGGCAACUUCAAUUUCCAAGAAAUAUUUAAGAGAACCUAAAUUCUUUGUUUGAAAAUAAUGGAAUAAGUGUUGUUUGAGUUUCUGAAUGUCUACACUAUCAUUGUUAGAAAUGACAACGUCACCUACAUAUAUUACUAAGUAGAUAUGGUAUAGGAUGAUGAGUGAAGGAAGAAGACAAAAUGAUCUACCUCAUAGCAAGUCAUGUCAUAUUGUUGUAAGAUGAUAAGUCUGUAAUUAGGCCUUUUUUUACAGCUCAUAUAUUCAUAUUUGACAUUUAUUUUAUUUGAGUUUUAUACUAAUUUAUAUAUUAAUUGUGCAGUUUGGUAUAAAGAGGCCACAAGUGGAUUUUGGGUGCAUUCUGGGCCCAAAUUGAUGGAAGAUUAGAGUUUCGCAGCAGUUAGUAUGCCCAAACUCAUUCAAUAAGUACGGGGUGCUUCGAGCCCAUGUACGACCAUGCUCAUCUGCGGGAAGCCCAAUUAUGAAGAGUUUUUAAGAUUUUCAAAUCCUAUAAAAGGGAAGAUCUCAAGCAUUGUAAAAAGACUAUUUUUGACAUAUAGUCUUUGGCUUUCAGAUACACGUGUCAUCUCGUCUCUCUUGCACGGGAUCCUUAGCACAUGCUUGGCGAAACUUGGAGCUUCAAGCGACCGUAUUUGAAGACCGAGAACACAUCUCAUAUUCUAGUUUGCUAUUUCUUUUGAUUAUGGCUUUGUUUAUGAUUGUUUUAAUUCUUUUCUUUAGCAUGAGUAACUAAGUCCAUAGUUAGGGCUAUGAGAAUUAUUGUUCAUGAAUUUAUGAAAUUUUGAUGUUUGAAUCUAAAUUUGAUUUCCAUUUUGUGAUUAGAUUUUAUCCUAUUGUGCUUCUUUUUUAAUCCAAAUUAAUUAUAUCGUCAGACGAUCGUACUUUAGUUAAUUAAUAGAUCUAUAGGGUAAAACGAGACAAAGGAUUAGGUGGACCAAACCAAUCUUUAUUUUCUAAUCGUUAUUAAAUUAAAAAGUUCGUAGGCUCCUAAAGUUUUCUUAAAUUAAUGUCUUGCAUGACCAUUGAGGAUGUUAAUUUAGAGAAAAGAAUAUUAAUAUUGCAUGACUAUUGGAUAUUAAUAGUAUUCGUAUGAAUGAUUGGUAAUUAUAAGGAAAUUGAAUUUAGAGUUAAACAGAAAAAUAACAUAAAGGAUUGAAUGAGAAAACCCAUAUGCCCUAGGUUCCUCUCUGAUAAGUUUAACCAAGACAUGCAUUGUAUUCCUUACUCUUAGUUUUAUAAUUGAUUUUAUAAAUUCUUGUUUUUAAUUAAUCUUGUAUCUUUGAAGCUUAAACAAUUAAAUUAGAAAAUUCUUAGUAAUUGAAAAUUAAUCUUUGUGAGACGAUAUUUCGGGAACUUAAUUUAAGAACCCUUCAUUACUUUUUGUGGGUACACUUGCCCUCCGAACAUAAGACAUGAACUAAAGUAGUUGAACCAAGCACGUGAAGAUUGCUGAAGUAGAUGCUUCGUGUGUAAUGAAGCCAAGACGCUAAUCUAUAUAAACUUCUUGUAACUCUUCGUGAAGAAAAGUAUUCUUGAUAUCUAAUUGAUGAAGGAGUCAUUGAUAAAUGGUAGCAAGAGCUAAAAAGAUACAAACAAAAGCAAUCAUGCCAUGGAAGAGAAAGUAUCUCCAUAUUCAAGACCAAAUAUGUGAGUGUUGCCCUUGACCACUAAUCUUGCUUUUAAACGAUCUACCUUUCCAUCAUGUCCAAUGUUGACAUAUAUCCACUGGCAUCCAACAGUAGUCUUACCUGGAGGGAGGGAAACUAAAUCUCAAGUGCCAUUAGAAUGUAAGGCGAUAGUUUUAUCCACCCUUACUUGUCUCCAUCCUAGAUCAGACAAGACCCAUUUGUAUUCUGAGGUAUAGACAUAGAAUCCGAAGAGGAAACAAAAGCAGAACAAGAAAGAGAUAUGCAAUUAUAAUUCAAGUGACAAACAUAAAUAGGAUUAGGAUUAUGAGAGGACAUCUUUACUCGAAGCAAGGAGUUGUUCAGGAGAUAGAAACAUAGAAACGGUUGAAGUAGUAGAUGAAUUUGGAGGAUUAAGCUUCAAUUGUUGUAACUUAGAAUUUGUGCGAUUCCUCCUAUGGUAGGAUAGAAGAGGAGGAGGAGUAGAGAGAAUGGGAGCUGGAACAGAUUGAGGAAAAGAGAAAAAAAAAAAAAAAAAAACUCGAGGGAAUGGAGUCCAAAUGGUCAACAGUAACAAAAAGAGGGGAGAAGAAGGGAUGACUCUCAAAGAACCUGAGGUCUGCAAAAACAAGGUAGCAAUGGAGGUUAGAAGAAGUGUUUGAAUAUUGUUGUCUCUUGUCUGACCCAAAGGUCUAAAUUAUACAAGUGGACAAGGAUCUAUAUUAAUUGUAAAAUAUUUUGAUAAUAAAUGUAAUCUUGUUAUUAUGUUCUUAAUUACUGUAUUAAACAUAAUUAUGAUAUUAUGCUCCUAAUUACUGAAUCUACAUAUCAACAAUAGCAAUGUGAUGUCUGCUACAACUUAUAACCUUGGUCUCAGAUCCUCUAUUGCAGUUAUUUUUAUCAGCAAAGAAGUAUUAUUGAAAGGGAGCACAAGGGGUUCUCCAAUCCUCUAUACAAGAGCAAUUAUCCAAUACUACUAUUGCAUUAUUUAACCAAAAUGUUUAAAACUUUAAUUUCCAUGCCAACCAUUGAUGAAAGGGAAAAGUGCAAAGAUUAACAUAUUAUCUAAAAAAGAUAUUACCCGUGUUCUGUCUGAUGCUGCAUAUCAGAAGUACUGCAGACAAGUUCGAUGGGGUCCAUUUUAUUGAAGUUGGUAAUCUACUAAAGGCUACAGCACUCUAGGAUUUAGGACAGACUUAGAAUGAAAUGCAUCCAUUUAGUGGUUAUGUAAAUUAGCCUCCUAUUACAUUAGCAAAUGCUGAUUGCACAUUUUGCCCUACUUAAUUUCCUCUGCUAUAAUUUAUCUGACUGUGUUUCUUUCAUGAACGUUGUCAGGGAUGAACAAUACUUGACAUUGGGAAGAUGCAUGGAUUCUCCACGGUUGAUGGUUUUGUGGAGAUAAGUGACUGUCUGGCAGAGAUGAUUAAAUACCUGGCUAACGAACCGUCUGUUGGUCUUUUCUUUAUCCAACAGCACACUCAAAAUGCAGUGCCGAAUAUCAUCAAACUAAAUAACGAUGUUAUUGAGAAGUCUCAUGAAACAGCAUUGCACACAGAAGAUUUGGAGGACUCUGUCACAGUAGUGAGAUCAAUGAAUGAGUCUGGAUUUCCCAUAGCUGAUGAGAUGAUUGGAGACAUAAAAAAAAUCCUUGGAAACCAUGACAUCAAAGCAACCGAAAAAAGGGUAAUUCAUCGGUCGGCAUCAAAUUUUCAGACUGAGAGUAGUAGAUCAUGGGGCAAAUCAGCAGUAUAUGCCCAGGAGGGUAGUGAAAAAAUGAGUAACUAUUUUUCAAGUGUUUUUAAGUUCUCAAAACAGAAGACCAACAAUUCCAAGUGGCCACAACUUGAUUCUGCGGUAUCAGUAAAUUCCAAGACUGAGAUGCCACAGCCAUACUGUAAUGUGCCGCCGUCGGACCCAUCAGCAAACACUGCUACAUCUUCACAGGGAAUGGAAGCGGACAAACAACAGCCACAGUCAAGCCAAGUUGAAGAUGAAUCUCAACUUGAACUAAGUGAUACUAGUGAUAUUGGGAAUAAGUUAUUGUCAGUAUCAGAAAAAUAUGAUGACUUCAAAGCUAGCAAACAAGCUGAGCUGGAGGAGUGGCUUGAAGGAACAAGCAAUCAUGAGGAUAAUUGCCUACCUGGUGAUGAGAAAAGGCUUUAGUUUUUUUUGCUAACGCUUAGAUACAAUGCUUCACCCUGUAUAUAAUUU